AUGUCCGAACAGCAUAACGUUCAUAUUUCCUCUUCUCAAGAGCUAUCCCAGGAAGAUUCUUCCUCUUCAAUCGAACUUAUCUCUACUGAAAUCGCCGAAUCUGAUCAAGUUAUUGUUACUACAACCAAGGAAGUGCCUAUUCUUGUCGAAUCUAUUACGGAACAUUUAUUACUAUCCCCUCUUCCUCCUAAUCAUCCUUCAACUAUUGCCAACAAUUCUGUUUCCGUGAUAAGCUAUUCUGAUAGCUAUCCGGAAGGGACUGUUCAUCAUAAGAAAGGAGCUACCGAAUUAAUUAAUCUACCGAAUCAAUCGUUUAAUAAUAAUAAUUUUAUUUCUUCUACUGCUUUAUACGACAACUCUAUCCAAUUAUCAAAUUCAAUGUCUUCACAAUUACAAAAUCUUAAUUUUGAUGUUAUACACGUUACCAGCUCGGAUGAUAAUUAUCCCUCUCGUCAGCUCUUACCAAAUGAUAAUGCUGAUGUUAAUGGUACUAAACAUGGCAAAGGAUGGCAAUCAAAAAGACGUUGUACAUAUCCUCAAGAAAUCGUAUUACGAGUAACUUGUGGGACUGCCCGUGUUCGUAAAUUACAGAUAUUAUCACAUCAUUAUAAAAUUGCCUCAAAAUUAGAAAUAUAUGUAGGUUCAAUACAACAAAAAAUCUCAAUUAAUACUAGUGAUAAUGAUAAUAGUAAUGAACGAGCUAAUUACAAAGCCAGAGAAUUAAAAUCUGUGAAACUUGAUGCCGAAGGAGAAUUCAUCAGAUUGGUCGCUCGAAGUUGUCAUGAAAAUCCAUUAAAUCAGCAUAAACAAUCACAAGAUUCCAAUAGAGCUUCGCCUGAAACUUGUAUCGUCCCUAUCGACUCCAUGACAAUUGACUGUAGUCAAAACGAUCAUCAAAAUUUUACCUCAUUAUAUUCCAUUCUUCCAAGCUCUUCGUCAGCAAAUAACAGUUCUACUGCCCUGCCCGAUCAAGUAGAAGUAGACAAGCCCGCUACAAGUCCAGUAACUUCUCCAAAUGAGUUCAUCUUGUUGAAUGCUAAAAAUACUGCGGAUUUGAUAUCAGCUUUUGAAAGGGCAAAGCAAAACGCUUCUGCUGAAGAUGUUAGCAGACUUGACUCCUUAAAGAGACGGGCUAUUGACGAAGAAGAUUUUGAUAAUGCUGAUAAAUAUAAGUCGGGCGAAGUAAUUGUAUUGGAUUCUUUAGAUCCGGAAUUGGCUGACAUAAUUGGAUUGGCUGAUGAUUCAUCGGAGAAUUUCUAUAAAUCUCACAAUGAAUACACUCCUUAUGUACCUGGUGUACCUUCUGGAGGAGUUUAUCAAGACAAAAAUCAUAUCCCUGUUGGUUUUUUAGAUGUUCCACAACGUCAGAAAAGUCGAUCAAGCAGUAAUUCUUCCACAUCUCGAAUGUCUAAUUCUGGUGUUGUUCUUUCUCCACCACCACCUUUACGUAUUCCGAUAAAUCAAAUAGAUAGUAGUAAUUCUUUUCCAAUGGAUAGACCUCAUCAUCCUGAACCUAUAAGCCCUACUACUACAAAUCCUAUUACUCCAACGAUUGAUCCAAUUCAAUGGGAACCUUCUGUUGAUGAUCGUCCUUUACCUGCUUUAUCUAAAAUUAAUCCUGAUUUUAUACCUACAUCCCCUUUAAAUGAUCCUAAUGAUAAUCAACCUGAAGAACUUUCUGAUUUAGCUCGUUCUGCUUUUGAUAUAUCAAUACAAUAUUUUGGAGAAUAUAAUAUUGCUUGUCUUUUAUCAAAAAAAUUUCCUUUACGUGAAUCGGCUUUAGUCGGGAUAAUAAAAGCAACAUUCCAAAUUAUACAAGAAGCUUUAAAUGAUAAUCCAGAGAAACUUACUUUACAGGCAUUAAAUCUUUGGGAAACACUUACAAAGUUCUGUGUUCAUCAUCAAGUACCAACGUCAACUACAUGGAAAUUUGUUGAUAAAACGUAUCAACAAUUAUUUGGAAAAAUGUCAGAUUUAAAUUCUCGUAUAAAACAAAGUGCUAUGAAUUUAUUUAUCUUACUUGCAAAAACUUAUUAUGGUCCAAUUCAUUCAAUAACAUUAUUGGUUCUUAAACCUGCAAAAUAUAAUAAUCAACCUCCAAAACAAUCAAAAGCAAAGGUUGAACUUGUGAUGAGAUUAGUAGAAGAAUUUGGUAUUGCGUUAGACCUUCCAAAAGGAAAAUGUGAUAAAGAUCUUGGAUUAAAUCUUGAGUCUGUUAUGCAAGUUUCUGUAUCUUACUUGAACAAUAAUAACGGUGAAGUACGUGAUUCUGCCGUAAAGCUUGUAGUUGAAGUUAUAAAACGUGUUGGUCGAGAAAAGGUUGAACCUUUCAUUAGUGAUAUAAAACCUAUACUUUUGGAGAGUAUUCGGAAUUUGGUUACUGAAUAUGAAGAAACUACUGGAAGAAUAGCAGGUCAAGUUCCUUCUCCUCCACCAUCACCUAAAGUUGCUGCUGUUACAGUAAAUGAAAAACAAGAUGUUGAAGAUUUGGAAGUUAAUGAAGAAUUAUUAAAUACUCCACGAGCUAAACGUGGGACUGUUACAAGACUUGAACAAGAAUUAAAUGACUUACGAUCAAGGUUAAACAACACAAAUAAUUUGCUUAGAGAUGAUUAUAGUACUUAUGUCGCAAAUACGCCCAAAAAAGUUCAAGAAACUGAAGAAAUAUUAGAAUUAACUGAACAAGAGCAAAGAGAAUUAGAAGAAUUAGAAGCUGAAGAAGAGCUAUUAAAUAAAAAUAAAAAUACUGAAAUCGUCCCUGAAGUUCCACAAAAAGAAAAACCACUUACAAAAGGUUCUACAAGAACAUCAAAUAAAUCAGUACCUACUUCUGCAAAACCGUUGACAAGAAAAUCAAAAAAUGAGACUUUAGCUCCUCCGAAAAAAACUUUAAAAAGUAAUCCUCCUAGCUCUAAAACUGGUCCAUCCCGACGUGAGUCAACUGAUGAUAAAAAGGUACCAAAGAAAAUCUCUCCUAGAUCAACUGAUACAACUUUGUGUGAAGAACCUGAACAUACCCCUUGUGAUUCAUCAAAAGGCGAUAGGUUCUGUAUCUUUUGUGAUGAGUACAACGAAAUUUUCACAGAAGAAAAUUUAGUGACACAUUAUUGGACUGAAUGUCCGGUAUUGACAAAAUGUCGGUUAUGUAAUAUAAUCCUUGAAAUUUCUACACUUGAUGAUCAUAUGUUAACGGAUUGUGAUAAAAACAAAUUUGUUAAACAAUGUCCCACCUGUCGUGAAGUUGUUGAUGCUGAUGAUUACCUAGCUCAUAUCAACAAACAAACUUGCUUGGCUAUCAGAGACGAUAUUGUUCGUUGUCCACUUUGUAAAACUGUAAUUAAACCAGCGACCGAAGAAGGUUGGAAAUCACAUUUAUUGAAUGCUAAUGGAUGUCCAAAGAAUCGUAGAAAGCCAAACAAUAAACCUGACGCUCCUUCAACAGAAAGUUCUGCACCUAGUGGUAAAAAACAUGCAGUGAAAAAGACCAUUGAAACCGGUUCAAAAUCAUCUGCCGUUUCUAAAGCUCCUAGUAAAAGUAAAGUUACAUCUAGUGGUAGUAGUAAAGACAAAUUAAAGAAAUCUGCAACUAAAUCUCUAAAAAUCAGAAAGUAA